CGGCUGCCCUCUCGUCUCUCCAUCGGAGGCAGUUCUAAGCCAUGGAAGACAUAGAAGACUUGCUCAUCGGCGGCGGCGGAGCUCCCCCUGGUUACCGCCUUCCGAUAAACGCAGUGGGUGUAAAGCCGAAGAAAAAGAAUAUGCUCAAAUUUAAUCCUAAUGCUGAUGAUUCCAGCAACGAGCUCUCUCCGACCCAAAAUCCACUUGUACCUAAGAUUCCAGGCACACAGACGAUUUAUGUUAAAACCUUUGGAUGUUCUCACAACCAGUUGCACAGUUAAAUCCCCCAGUCAGUCUGCUAUGGACACUCUAAUAACAAAAUGCAAAAAUGCAAAAAAGCCUCUUGUGGUAGCUGGGUGUGUACCACAAGGUAGUCGAGAUUUAAAGGAGUUAGAAGGGGUCAGUAUUGUAGGAGUUCAGCAGAUUGACCGUGUGGUAGAAGUCGUGGAAGAGACACUAAAAGGUCAUGAAGUAAGGCUGUUAAAUCGCAAGACACUGCCAGCUCUUGACCUCCCAAAAGUGAGAAAGAACAAGUUUAUUGAAAUACUUCCAAUCAAUGUUGGCUGCUUAGGUGCUUGCACUUAUUGCAAGACAAAACAUGCUCGUGGUCACUUGGGAAGUUACACUGUAGAUAGCCUUGUAAAGCGUGUAAGAUCUGUCAUCAAUGAAGGAGUGAGGGAAAUAUGGUUGAGCAGUGAAGAUACUGGGGCAUAUGGCCGUGACAUUGGGGUCAAUCUUCCCAUUUUAUUAAAUGCAAUUGUUGCUGAGCUUCCACCUGAUGCAAGCACAAUGCUUCGGAUUGGGAUGACAAAUCCUCCUUUCAUUCUUGAGCACUUGAAAGAGAUAGCAAAUGUCUUGUCUCAUCCAUGCGUAUACUCCUUUUUGCAUGUGCCAGUUCAAUCCGGAAGCGACACAAUUUUAAGUGCAAUGAAUCGAGAAUAUACAGUCAGUGAGUUCAGGACUGUAGUAGAUACCUUAACUGAGCUUGUUCCUGGGAUGCAGGUUGCAACUGAUAUAAUAUGUGGAUUUCCCGGGGAAACCGAUGAAGAUUUUUGUGAAACUAUCAACCUUAUUAAAGAGUACAAAUUACCUCAAGUUCACAUCUCACAGUUCUAUCCACGACCGGGGACACCUGCUGCUAGGAUGAAGAAAGUGCCAAGUGCUAUUGUCAAGAAACGAAGCCGUGAGUUGACUUCUGUUUUUGAAGCUUUUACACCAUAUAAUGGAAUGGAGGGCAGAGUGGAAAGAAUUUGGAUAACAGAAAUUGCAGCAGAUGGCAUUCACUUGGUUGGCCAUACCAAGGGAUACAUACAGGUGCUUGUAAUUGCCCCGGAAACUAUGCUGGGAACUUCUGCUAUGGUGAAGAUAACAUCCUUUGGAAGGUGGUCUGUUUUUGGGGAAGUGAUUGAAACCAUCAGUACCAAACAUCAUAAAACAACUACUCUGGAAGAUGCACCAAUUCGAGACAAAGUUCCUCCCUGUUCUAAUGCUCACGAAACAUGUGCAUGUUCCAUAGAACCCGAAUCUUGUGCUUGUGGACCGGAAAGCUGCAAAGGAGCAGUCGCUACGGAUGAUAAAGAUGAUUCCUCAAGGAAUAUCCCAUUGCCUGAAGAGCCAAAAAGGAAGAAUCUGGUUGAAUGGGCAUUGAGGAGACGGAAGAGCCAUGUUCCCAAAAGGGAGGAGAGGGAAAGUCCCAUAGUGAGUGAGAGAAAGCAGGCGUUGGCUGGAGGGUGGCUGGACGAGUGGGGCGUCAUUGAUAGGAUUCUUGUUGGUGGAAUACUAAUCAGUACGUUAACAAUUUUUGGCCUACUGUUUCAUCUUGGAUCCACAACACUCUCCUCCAGUUGGUGAUACUAUACAAUGCCAAUUCGUAUUCAACCAUAUUUAAGAAAGUUUGUAAUGAGACUUUUAUUUCAUCACAUUUCCCUCUUCAUUUUUCAGCUUUUCAUCUAUAGAGGUAGCAUUUUUCGCUGUCACAAUUUCGAUUGUAACUUGAGAUCUCAGUGAUUUUGUUCUCAAUUUCAAAUGACUUUGAAUAUGUUAGUGAGGGAAUAUAUAUAGUAAAUUGAGAUUAGGAAGUCAGUUUGUUCGAAGAAGCUCGAUUGAUGGAGACACAUCGUUGCAAUGUUGCGAGUAUUCUUCUUGUUAAAAUCUCACCCCCAGUGAAACAUGUAAGAAAUUAUAGGAGACGUAAGAGAGCCUAAUUAUUGAUGAACUUAUACAAA